AUGCCUGUUCAACAUAAAACAGUAUUAAACGAUUUCCUAAAUCGUGUAAAUUAUAUUAAUAUUUACCUGCUUCCUUAUAAUAAUAAUGCACAAAUACUUGCCGCUCUUGCAAGAAAUGGUAGAAGAUUUCAAAGAUUAACAGGAAAAGGUUUAAUGAAAAGAAAUAUUAUACGUGAAGCUAAACGAUUACAUAUACGAAGACAACAUAUAAUUUAUUUAGCAACAAAUCAAAUUUGGAAUAUGGUUUCAACAACUUUUCAACGAAAUCGAUUUAAUACGUUAGCUGAGAAUGCUAACCAUAUAAACCGUACGAUGAAUGACGCGAAUAAUAAUACUCUUGACAGAAUUUCUCAAAUAACGAUGCCACAAGCGACAAAUAAUCUCUAUGAAGCCAAUUUUUUUAAUGGAACAAGUUUUCCUUAA